AUGGUGCUGGUCGGUGGUGGCCGCGGCAUCAUCACCGGCGCCGAGCCCAGCGGCGGCAACGCCAGUCCCCCGGGUGUAUGGUGGAGCGGGUUGUGCGGCGGCGGGCCGCUACUCGGCAGCGUCGGCAGCGUCGGCAGCGUGGCGACCGGCUGCACCGCCGCCGACAUGGACAGAUCGACGCCACCCAACAGCACCGGACGACAACCCCCUGAACCGGGCCCGCUGCUCACCGCCGGGAGGAUCCCGCCACCCCCCGGCAGUGGUGCGUACGGCAAGUACAGCUCCAGUAUAAACCAGCAAGCUGUGUCCCGGCAACAACACCACCGGCUCACGCCCCCGAUUUUAUUCCGUUUUAUUAUUUCCUGGCCGUCGGUGAUCGUUUCAAUCCCCUCGCCACGAGGAUCCUCUUCCUUUCGGCAUCCGGGUCUCAACUCCUCCUCGGCUCGAGCGAGCGGAAUUCUCACUUGCAAGGUUUCCACGAGACUCGGCAGAAGAUCGUCACUGAACAAGUUGCAACUUGUGGUUACACAAUUGCGCCGAAUCCACCGAAAUCUGUUCACUGUGGACCUACGGAAGAUCCACGCGGCGAUCGUCGAUCAUUCUCACUCUCCGCUUCCGGAUACUGGCCGAAGUGGAGUAGUCGCUGGCUCCUCGUUAACAAUCGAGCGAACGAUCGUCCCUCCGCAAGUCGUUUUUAUCGGUCCGAUCGGUCGAUCGUCCAAAGUUCCGUCGUAA